GUCUCUACUAAAAAUACAAAAAAUUAGCCGGGCGUGGUGGCGGGCGCCUGUAGUCCCAGCUACUCCGGAGGCUGAGGCAGGAGAAUGGCGUGAACCCGGGAGGCGGAGCUUGCAGUGAGCCGAGAUCGCACCAGUGCACUCCAGCCUGGGCGACAGAGCGAGAGACUCCGUCUCAAAAUAAAUAAAUAAAUAAAGUUUCGAGCCGAGAGUGGUGGCGCCCGUGGUCCCAGCUCCUCGGGAGGCUGAGGCUGGGGGAUCCCUGGAGCCCGCGAGGCAUAGGCUGCAGUGAGCCAAGAUCGCACGCCUUGCACUCCAGCCUGGGUAACAGAGCGAGACCCUGUCUCAGGAAAAAAAUACAAGUGGGGUUAUAAAUAAAAUGAGAUUAAAAAACAACAGAUCUUUGCCUCACAAUCCCGACCAACCGCAGCUCCAGCGAGGCGCAGGCGCAGGCGCAUGCGCGCGAUCGAUGGUUAGGCGCAUGCGCGCGAUCGAUGGUUCCGCGCAUGCGCACAGGCAGGGAGCGCGCGUCCCCUGCGUAGCCUUCGGCCUCCGGGAGCUGCAGUUGCGCGGAUCGGCCACUGCGCGGCGGUGGCGUGCCCCUGGGCGGUGUCGCGGGCUGUGACGUCACGACACGCGCCGGGGCCAGGAGGAGGCGGGCGCAGGAGGCGCGUGCUCAGUGUGCUGCGUACCAGGCGACUCCGGGACAGGGGGUCUCGGCCGUCGGCGUCAUGGUUUCGCGCGUGCAGCUCCCGCCUGAGAUCCAGCUGGCUCAGCGCCUGGCGGGGAAUGAGCAGGUGACCCGGGACCGGGCGGUGAGGAAGCUCCGGAAAUACAUCGUCGCCAGGACUCAGCGGGCCGCAGGUGGUUUUACGCACGACGAGCUGCUGAAGGUGUGGAAAGGACUGUUUUAUUGCAUGUGGAUGCAGGACAAGCCACUCCUCCAGGAAGAAUUAGGAAGGACCAUUUCCCAGCUCGUUCAUGCUUUUCAGACCACGGAGGCGCAGCGCCUGUUCCUUCAGGCCUUCUGGCAGACCAUGAAUCGCGAGUGGACGGGCAUCGACAGGCUGCGCCUGGAUAAGUUCUACAUGCUCAUGCGGAUGGUCCUGAACGAGUCCUUGAAGGUUCUGAAGAUGCGAGGCUGGGAAGAAAGACAGAUCGAGGAGCUGCUAGAGCUGCUGAUGACCGAGAUCCUGCACCCCAGCAGCCAGGCCCCCCACGGGGUGAAGAGCCACUUCAUCGAGAUCUUCCUGGAGGAGCUGACCAAAGUGGGCGCCGAGGAGCUUACGGCAGACCAGAACCUGAAGUUCAUCGACCCCUUCUGCAGAAUUGCUGCCCGGACCAAGGAUUCCUUGGUUUUGAACAACAUCACUCGAGGCAUCUUUGAGACGAUUGUGGAGCAGGCCCCCCUUGCCAUUGAAGACCUCCUGAAUGAACUAGACACACAGGAUGAGGAGGUGGCGUCGGACAGUGAUGAGUCCUCUGAGGGCGGUGAGCGCGGAGAUGCGCUGUCCCAGAAGAGGUCUGAGAAGCCGCCUGCAGGCUCCGUCUGCAGGGCUGAACCUGAGGCUGAUGAGGAGCAGGCAGGUGAUAACAGGGACAGUGGCGGCCCUGUCCUCCAGUUUGACUACGAGGCAGUUGCUAACAGACUGUUUGAAAUGGCCAGCCGCCAGAGCACCCCUUCUCAGAACAGAAAGCGUCUCUACAAAGUGAUCCGGAAGCUGCAGGACCUGGCAGGAGGCAUUUUCCCUGAGGACGAGAUCCCAGAGAAGGCCUGCAGGCGUCUGCUUGAAGGGAGGCGGCAGAAGAAGACGAAGAAGCAGAAGCGUCUGCUCAGGUUGCAGCGGGAGAGAGGGAAAGGUGAGAAGGAGCCCCCGAGCCCAGGCGUGGAGAGGAAGAGGAGCAGGAGGAAGGGUGUGGGGGCUGACCCCGAGGUGCGAGCAGAGGCUGGUGAGCAGCCAGGCACAGCUGAGCGGGCCUUGCUCCGAGAUCAGCCCAGGGGCCGUGGCCAGAGAGGGGCUCGCCAGAGAAGGAGGACACCUCGGCCCCUGGCCAGUGCCCGAGCAAAGGUGGCCAAUGUCCAGGAGCCGGAGAAGAAGAAGAAACGCAGGGAGUGACGUGGCCGGGCCCAGGACAGGCAGGGAGGGAGGCCAGUCCGUGCUUGCACCGAGGGAUGAGGCUGACCGGGCUGUUCUGUAGACUCAGGACCAUGGUUCCAGAACUCCUCUGCCAGGUGGGAGAGAAGGGCAGCACUGGAGAGAUUGGCCCGUCAUUGGGGGCUAGCGUCCCAGGAACCAGACCUUUCCCCAGAGCCUCCGCCUGUGGCUGUGAUGACCUUGGACCAGAAGGUCAAACUCUGAAGACUGAAACUCCACCUGCAGCAAGACUGGCCGCCCCCGCUGUGGGGGGUUCAGAAAAUAAAAUGCUGCAUGGCCUUUGCCAGGGAA